AGAUUGUGUUUUAUGUGUGUUUUUAUAAUCUUUGAAUUAUGUCUGUUAAACCACCCAAGCUUCCACCUAUUGAACAACAAAGCCAUAACUCAUAUGAGGUAGCCAAGAAAGAUAAGACUUCAACAUCCUACACACUGACAGGCUCAAACACCAAACAUCUUUUACCUUCACAACAAAGCUUACAACCAAAUCAAGAUACAAAAUCAGGAGAAAUUGAAUCAUGGCCCGCAUAUGCUAGUCAAAGUGUUUCAGAUACUUCUUUGAUUGGAAAGAGUUUUCACAAAGACCUAACAAUUGUAAAGAAAUCCAUUAUUCCCAAACCAAAGUUCCUUGUGGCUCUAGAAACUUACGUAAGAAAGGAAAUAGUUGAAUUGGAAUGUUCUGAUGGAAAACCCAAUGAGCUAAGAUUGCAAGCUUAUCGUGAAGUGUUUGAGUAUCUUAUUGAAGAUUUCAAAACCUACAAACCUUUAUUAUCUCAGAUAAAGAAUGAAUAUGAAAAGAUGUUGAGUCACUAUAGGCAGAAGAUAAGAGAGUUGGAACCCCUUAAGUCAAUGUUGAUUACUGUAUCUGAACAAUGUGAUCAAAAAGUCAUGAAAAUAAGGGAAGAGGAGCGUUUGGAGAUUUUAAAUUUACGAAGAAACAAAAUGGAACUUCUUCGUUACAUUGACAGUAUGAGAGAGAAAGAAGUUUCGUUGCAAGCACAAGUUGCAAAGUUACAAGAAGAACUUUCAACUGAAUAUAGGAAGUAUCGAAAUGAAUGUGACAUGAGAAAACUUCUAAUUUCUGACAUGAAUGAUCUGAGACACCAACAAGAAGAUUUGAAACGUGCAGCUGGACAAGGAACCAUUGACGCAGAUGAUGACCCAAUCAGACUUAAACUAUCACUGAAGGUUGCAAGAGAAGAUUUAUCAAGACAAGCUGAUGAACUUACCAGGAUGCAAGCUGAUUAUGGAGAUGUUGUUCCAAGAAGAAACUUUGAAAUGCUGGAAGCAAAGUUUGCUGAACUGAAUGAAAAAUACACCACGUUGACUGAUGAUUUCCAACAGCUUAAAGACGAACAUGAAACUAUAUUAGAUGUACAUAAACAGCAAAACUGGAUCACAAGGUCCAGACUUACUGGAUGGAAAAGGAACAUCCGAAGAUAUUCCGAAAUAUCUUCGGUUUGAAGGAACCGUCAGAAAUCGAAAAUUAAGUAAAGCUGAGUUAUCGGCUGUCCUGAAAGAAAUCUGGGUGAAAAAAGUAACAAGUGAUGCUGAAGUCGGAAAGAGGCAGAAAAUGACGGAUUUCUUGUUCGACUUUUUCAUGCUAAAGUUUAAUAACUUGGAAGAGAUAGUGGCAGAGUGGGGAUAUUCCUUACAUGAUGCACUUAAUAAUUACAAAGAUGAGCACUAUGCAAGUAUGUUCUUGGCUAUUCUAACUGAAGAUGGACCAGAAGACUUGUACUACCAGGAAAUGGAAAUUAUGAAAAAGUUGAUGGCAGAAUUUGACAGAGUUGAUGUUGAAAAAACAGGCAAUUUAUCCAUUGAUCAGUUCAUGGCUGCAUUAAAUGUAAUGUUCCCACUCAAGCAAGAACCAAGCACGCAAGCCUUGUUUGAUGCUGCAAUACAAGAACUUGAGCUAAAAGUUGAUGAAAAUACUCUGAUUGAUUACAAGGCUCUGUUCACCGAGGAUGAGGAAGGGCAUACAGGUUCCUUCCUGAAUGCUUUGAGAUUGCAAGAUAACGAGGAGAAAGAAGCUUAUGUUGCAGAGAUUGGAAGUCAUUUGGAGGGAAAUGAAAAGGUUUCAGUUGCUGACUUAAAGAAUGAAUUGAUGAUGAAUGAUCCAAAGAUAGACCAAGAACACAUGAAUAACUACUUACAAAUUGCAUUUAAAUGUGAAGCAGCUGAACUGGAUGCUGCUGAAGAUACCGAACUAAGUGUUAUCUUGGAUCGAAUGCGAAAAGGAGGAAUCCGUAGAAUUGAUGCUCUGUAGUGAUUGCUUUAUAAUUAAACGUGAGCCAGAUUGCACUUUUAUUGUAAUGAGUUAGGAGACUGUUUUGGUAUUGUUAUGGUUACUUUACUUCAUCAUGCAUGAACUAAAAUAAAUGUGAUAUUUUUACGAGUA